UUUUUUUUUUAAAUUAUUAUGAGUUAAUAAAAACAACCCUUAGAUCCAAAAGAUUGUGUUUUGAAUAUUUCAUUAAAGAAAUCAUCAGGGCAAUUUUUUUUCUUAUCAAAAAUUUUCUUGAAUAAAUUUGGAUAGGUUGAAUUGCAUGGUUUAGGUGAAGCAACAAAGAUGGUAGCUGGAGUUGCUGAAAGUCUUUAAAGAAAGGUAAAAAUAGAUUAAAAAUAUAAGCAAUAUGCUACUAUUAAGAAAAUUGAAACCUAAACAUAUACACCAGAAUAAGGUGGAAAAAAAAUAAAAUUGAUUGCCAAAUUGGAAAUAACAAAUGAAGGAAAAAAAUUAAUUGAAUAAGAUUUGUAAAAAAAAUAGCCAGAAGUAAAACAAGAACAAGAUUGGUGAAUAAUAUUAUAGCAUAUAUUUUAAUAGUAAGUAGAUAGUG